UGCAAUGUUUCUAGUAGCCUGUAUAUUCACUCUGAACACACAUACAGAUAAGGGUUAAUGCAAAUAAAAGCAAAGGCAGGAAAAUUCUGAGUUACAGGGAUGCAUUAUUAUUAUUAUUUAUUCAUUCCAGUGGAAUAUUUUCUUAAACAAUUUCUCUGCAGUGUUUGUAGCCUAAAUUUUGAAGCUUUGUCCUAGUGCCAGAAUCUGAUUGUAAAGUUGACUAAAAUACAAAAGUAACUAGUAAACUAACUAGUUUAGUCUCUCAGUGCAUGCUAAGAGAAACAAAAAACAAAACAAAAACUGAUAGUGCAAAGUUAUACAGUAAUUAAAAAAAAAUCACAUAUAUAUUUCUAACUUGACCCUCACCUAAGGUUUUCUCUAAUUUUAACCCCUUGUGCUUAAUGAACUGCCUGAACUAUGAUGCACAAGAGCACCUGUUAGCUGGAAACCUCUCCUAAGGGUUGCCCUCAUGCGAGUUAAGGAUGCAAUUACAGCGAUCACUGAAUUGUUUUACUUCAGUGAGACCCACGGUAUCAUUCUCAUAAACAGGUGUUUUUGUGAUUUAAGACCUUGUUUAGUUCAGCUUGCUGAAUAUUUGAGCCACUUCAAAAUGAAUAGCAGUUUAUUUUUAAUGAACAGAGCUCUCUCUGCUUUGUUUUUUUAAAGGUGGUCGGCAACCUUUUAUCUAAACUGGGAUUCCUCCCCACUCCAAUCACCUGACAUCUUUCCCUAUUGUUAUCCCUCCAAGCAAAGCCAGCCCUCUCGAAUAUUUUUAAGGAGAAUAUAUAUAGAUAAUAGGUCUUACACUGUGGAUUUAUCAUUCUUAAAUACUGAUUUUCACUACUUUGAGGAACAUUUCUGGCCUACUUGGCAGUGUCCUGGCUAUUGAGCAAUGCUUUCUGUUCCUACAGCUCCUAUGUAUGCGAAGGAUAAAGACAAAUCUUCUAUUUCAGUGCUAGCGGUAGGAGCUGCUGGAUAACACAGCUUAAUUUCUGGAGACUGAAAUGCUUUAGUCUAACCCAAGUUAUUGGGCUAUAGGAUGCUCCCAAGGAUGAAGCAGGCAAGCUCAGCAGGGGAAGCAGGAGAGUGCUAUGGUCAGGCAGCCGUGAUUCAGAGCACAGUGGGAUCAAAGCACCUUGGAAUAAAUGUGAGUACAAGUUUUACACUAAUUGAAUCCACCUUGGAAAGCCAUGGCCGCUGCCUCUCACCUGAACUCGGAUGCACUUCGGGAAGUUCUGGAAUGUCCUAUUUGCAUGGAGUCCUUUACUGAGGACCAGCUGAGGCCCAAACUCUUACACUGUGGGCACACCAUCUGCAAGCAGUGCUUGGAGAAACUCCUAGCAAACAGCAUCAAUGGGAUACGCUGUCCCUUCUGCAGCAAGGUCACUCGGAUCACAAACUUGGCUCAACUGACCGACAAUCUCACGGUGCUGAAGAUCAUAGACACCACAGGACUAAGUGAGGCUGUGGGCCUUUUCAUGUGCAAAGUUUGUGGGAGAAGGUUACCCAGGCACUUCUGUAAGAGCUGUAAUUUGGUUUUGUGUGACCCAUGCAAGGAGAUGGAACAUCAGCAACAAGGACAUGGUGUUGUUGCCAUCAAAGAGGCUGCUGAUGAACGGAGGAGGGAAUUUGGUAUAAAGCUUGGCAGACUUCGGGAGCUCAUGGGGGAUCUGCAGAAAAGAAAAGCAUCGCUGGAAGGGGUCUCCAAAGAUGUACAAUCCAGAUACAAAGCAGUUCUUCAGGAUUACAGCAAGGAAGAGCGCAAGAUCCAGGAAGAACUGGCAAGGUCACGGAAGUUCUUCACAAACUCUUUGUCUGAAGUUGAGAAAGUAAAUAACCAGGUAAUGGAGGAACAGGCUUAUCUGCUGAACAUAGCAGAGGUGCAGAUCGUAUCUCGAUGUGACUAUUUCCUUGCCAAGAUUAAGCAGGGAGAUAUAGCUCUCUUGGAGGAGGCAGCGGAUGAGGAAGAGCCAGAACUGACGAACAACCUACCAAGAGAGCUGACUCUGCAAGAGGUGGAGCUCCUCAAGGUGGGCCAUGUGGGACCUCUGCAGAUUGGGCAGGUGGCAAAGAAACCUCGGACAGUCAACAUGGAGGAAUCUCUGAUGGAGACUGCUGCAUCCUCAUUGGCUACAUUUAGGGAUACUGAUGUGGUGCAAGAAGAGACUAGUUUGACCCCAAAUUCCUCACCUGCCAAACCAAGGAUGCCUGAAACAGCCACUAGCAUCCAGCAGUGUAACUUCCUCAAGAAGAUGGGCUCCAAAGGCAGCAUGCCAGGGAUGUUCAAUCUUCCUGUCAGCGUACAUGUCACCGUACAGGGAGAGGUGCUUGUGGCAGAUCGUGGCAAUUUCCGAAUCCAGGUAUUUACCCGCAAGGGUUUUCUGAAGGAGAUCCGGCGGAGCCCUAGUGGCAUUGAUAGCUUUGUGCUGAGUUUCCUUGGAGCAGAUCUACCCAAUUUGACUCCCCUAUGUGUCACCAUGAACUGCCAUGGCCUGAUAGGAGUGACUGACAGCUAUGAUAACUCACUAAAGGUGUAUACCAUGGAUGGACACUGCGUUGCAUGUCACAGGAGCCAGCUUAGCAAGCCCUGGGGCAUCACAGCUCUGCCUUCAGGGCAGUUUGUAGUGACCGAUGUGGAAGGGGGAAAGCUCUGGUGUUUCACAGUGGACCGUGGUGUUGGGGUAGUCAAGUACAGUUGCUUAUGUAGUGCUGUGCGCCCAAAGUUUGUCACUUGUGAUUCUGAAGGGACUGUAUACUUCACUCAGGGGCUGGGACUCAAUCUGGAGAACCGUCAGCAUGAGCACCACCUCGAGGGGGGCUUUUCAAUUGGCUCUGUAGGUCCAGAUGGGCACUUAGGCCGCCAGAUCAGCCACUUCUUCUCGGAGAAUGAGGAUUUCAGGUGCAUCGCUGGGAUGUGCGUGGAUGCUAGGGGAGACCUGAUAGUUGCAGACAGCAGCCGUAAAGAAAUCCUGCAUUUUCCUAAAGGAGGUGGUUACAACAUCUUAAUCAGGGAAGGCCUCACCUGUCCUGUUGGCAUAGCCAUUACCCCUAAAGGGCAGCUCCUAGUGCUGGAUUGUUGGGAUCACUGCAUUAAGAUCUACAGUUACCAUUUGAGGAGGUAUUCCACACCAUAAGGGUGUUUCCCUGGAUAAAGCUACUCUUCUCAUUAUAGAUUCUCCCCGCCUUAUCAUCAUUUGACAGAAGUUAGUGCUGCACUAGCAGGUGGAUUAUGUCCUAGUCCGAGCUGUGUCACUAUUUUGUGUUUAGAAACAAAAUAGCCUUUUUUAUUUGUGUAAUUUUAAAAAAAAACAAAAAACCCACCACCCCCACCUCCAUGGAGCAAGGGAUACUUAUGGAGUACUGGUUGUGGGUUAAGUGACUGAUCUCUCCCUACAUUUUACUGCCUUGUACCGUAGCUCAUACUCCCAGCUUCAACCACUGCAAGCAGCUUUGUGCCAUAAAUAUUAACUGACUGUUCUAUAUGACCUUUCUUUAGGGGACUUGUGAAGUGAUCUUCUUACCACCACAGUCUUCACAAAGAUCUCAGUCACAAUUCUUCACAGACAACCACGGAAAGCUAUUUCUGAUUGCAACGCUGUAGUUGCAUACGACAACACAGCCUCCCUAAACUGCACGAAGAUGCAGCUUGCAUACAACUAAAGGGCAGGGCUGUGGCCCUCCCUGUUUGCAGUAGUUAGGAGAUUAUCCUCAUGGUGCCAUUAGUGAAUCCCACUUGGUCCACCAGUCUCUUCAAUGUGAAGUGAGUACAGUGCAAUCAUGGAAGACUGAUCGAGCCAGAGAACUGCCCUCUGAUGGCAAAGAGAAUUUCAUUACAGUUUGAUUAGCAUGAGAAAAGUGUAGCGUGAGAGGGGGGAAUUGACAGGAGAACCUAUUUAACAGAAUAAAUUUCAGUCUGUUAGUAUUCACAGUUGUUUUACUAUUAAAUCUGGCUUGGAACCUGUCUUUGAAGGGUAUGUUUGGUAUUUAAAGCUUUGCCAGGGGAGAGAGAAAUUGAAGUAAACACGAUCAAAUGUGACAAAUGGUAUAUUCUUCUGCACACUUCAAUAUUUUGCAUCCAGAUCAUUGCAUUUACUGAUAGGUUUCCAUUAGUCUGCACUUUGUAUGUGAAAGCUACUUGUUCAUGAGAUAAGGGGAAAAAAGGUGGGGAGGGAAUCUUAUUUUAUUACUUGGAAGCUCUUGCUCUGGUGGUUUGCAUCUUUCUCCAUGCACAGCAAAAAGCUACAUUCCUAGAGACAUUUUUUGGCCUUUUUUAUGGCUCCAGCAGGCACCAGGUGCAUGUUCAUCUCAGCUUUGGGUCAGAUGAAGCACAAAACUGCAGCUUUGUGAGUUAACACCCCCACAGUGUGCCUAUCCUGGCUGAUAAACACAUAUCUCAGUGUGGUGUUGCUUCUCUAAAAUAGUUUACUGAAGAAAAGAAACAUUUAAAUAGGACACAGUUGUAGAAUGUUAAUCUGCCAAAAUCAUGGUUACACAGCAGUGUAAUUACUAUGUGUUACCAUCAACAAUGUAGUUGCAAAUUUGGGGGCACAAUAGACCACGUAAAAAACUGGCUUUAUCUGUCCUGUCCAGCAUUUUCGAACUGUAUUUGCUGUAGUAUCAAAUCUGUGCUACAAUGUGUCUGUAACAGGUGAGUUUUUAAAUUCCCACAAUCUGUCUGUCCCUUCUUAGUUAAGCAGCAGUAAAAAUAAGAGCUUCCUAAAAGCAGCUGCUGUUGUUUGUGCCUCUCCAGCCAGCUGUGUGACUGUAACAGGGCUUCAAGACCUAGUGGUAAAAGCAGAACCAUCUUGAUUUGUGGACUCCCUGAUUUUGCCAAAGAACUGAGCAGGACCAGCACAUUAGCCCCAACUACUCUAGACCCAUCUUUGCUGUUUGUACAGUGCCUAGCACAGGGAGUACAAUGCUGAUCAGGGCAAUUGCGUGUUACUGUAUUAUGAAGUGAUGAGCUAGGAGAACUUUGGAGAGAAGGGAGCAGGCACAGACGGAAGCAAUGGAUCUGUAGAGGGGAAGACACUGUGGCUUCUGAGGGAAUUUAAAAAUUCAGCCCUUACCAUAUGAACUGUGGUGUGUUGAUUUGCUGUAGAUACAAACCCCAAACAUGGAUUUACACACUCAGCUGUCUUCUGGGCAAGUUUGCCUAGGGUGUGUAGUAGCAGUCUGGAGAGUAACUUGCACUCUGGUGUGCAUGCUGUUUGGAUAGAUCUACUUGUGUUUGGACUUCGUUUGGAUAAUUAACUCUGCUGCAACCCAAGCUGUUCUAUAAACAUUACAUUGAUGGCAGUUCCUAUUGUACUGAUCUUUCAUGUUUAAAAAUCUUACCUGUUCCUAAGAGCCAUUUUCUGCAGGCAGCUUCCGUAGAACUGAAUAAAUGAAGCAAUAUUAUCUUUCCUAAUGAGCAUCUGCAUCAAACUCGGGAGAGAAUAUUUCCUAGAGGCCAACUGGAUACAUUAAGUGGACUUAAAACCUGGCCUGUUCUGCUGACUGAGCAGUUGGUUGCCUAGGUUUCUCCUGGUGGCCACAGUUUAAAUUAAGUUCUCCAUCAUCUCUUUCAUCCUGUAUUACAGAUUCCAAGAAAAGGAGACACUAUUCUGUGAAGCACUUGUAGAGUAAGGUGGGGGGGAUUGGUGCCCGUGUGUGUGUUUAGCCUGUAGCUGCUAUACUGUUCUUGUGGGGUUUUUUUCAGGCAGACAGGGGGAAGAGAAGAGGAAUGGGCUGUCCCCAGCUAGAAUACGUGCUGCAGCUGGCAAAGCAGAAUUGGCUAUAAACUAGUUUCUCAGAGCUGCAUCUUUUGCUGUAGUGUUUUGCUUUUUUGCCACCCUUGUGAUCCGCUCCAAAGGAGAUGAAAAGGAGUAAUUAAAGAUUGUGAUGAAAUAGUUUAGCUUCUGCUUUUCACCUGGAGAUGGAACAUGUCUGAUUAUGAGUGUGUUUGAUUUUUAAAGAUUGUGUAAUAACGGGAAAAUUGAUCCAAUUAAAAGUGCAUUACAAAUG